CACCAAGAGCUCAAAGAGUCGAUACAAAAUGCCAUGUCAGCAGGCCAUGGUGUUGGUGGAGGGGACGGAGAGGCGGGGGACAUGGCACUGGUACAGAACCUGCAACAGCAGCUGGAUUUGGCUACACAGGAGAAAGAAGCAGCUCAAGAAAAAUGGAGGGAGGCCGUCCAAGAGGUGGAUCGUCUUGAGGCAGAGCUUGAGAUGGAGAAAGAAAGUCAUCAGUGGAGGGUGGUGGAGCAACAAGCCCACCAGGUAAAGGAACAGUACCAGCAGUCUGUGGCUGCCCUUAAUGCUGAGCUGGAAUCUUUACACACCCAACUCAGAGAAAGCCGGUCAGAAAAUAACCAGUUGCUACAGAAAGUUACAGACUUAAAGAUGGCAGUCAAUGAUCUACAGCAAAAACUCAUUUGGAAGGCCCAAGAAAAUGCUGACACAAUUUUUAAAGAAGGUUUAUCAGACAGCAAGAUCUAUGAGCUAAAAACAAUCAUGGAUGAUCUUAGUCAAAGGCUGGCAGAGAAGAGCCAAGAAGCCAGUGACCUGAGGAGAGAGAACAGCACCUUCUCUACACGAGUCAUGGAACUGCAGAAGAGGCUCUCUGACACAGAAGUGCGUGAGAACGAGGCCAUCACACAAAUCCGCGAUGCUGUCCAAAUGGUUGAAGCUGCUGUCAUGGAGAAAGAUCAGUUUGAGAUAAUGGCCAAAAAGAAAGAUGACGAACUGGAAGAAAUGAAAAAUGUUCUGGCAAAGAUCAUCAAUAAAGCUGGUGCUCGUACAAGGGAAGAGGUUGACCUUGUCAGAAAACAAUGCAAUGAUCGCAUCACACUGUUGACGGAGGAGCUUCACGGCCUGGAGAUGGAGGGAGCAGAGAAACAGUCGCGCCUGGACCGGCUGCUCAGGGAGAAGAGAUCCAUAGAGUCUGAGCUGCAACAGAUCUACAAAGAAGGCAAGUCCGACAUUUCCAAGUCUAAAGAAGCUUAUCAGCUCAUGAGCAAGCGAGCUAUUGAUGCUGAGAGAGCCAGGGAUGAGGCAAACACCAAAGUUGAUAACUUGCUCUCCCAGAUUGAUCUGCUGACUCUAGAAAACAAGCAAAUUAAACAUCAGAUGGGGUCAGAGGUCAAGCAGCUGCAAGAGAGGCUGACCAGCGUCCAGUCAGAGUUUGAGGCUGUCAAUGAAGAUCGUCUGUCCAGCCUCAACAAGGUGAACGACCUCAACAAGAAACUUUUGGCUUGCCAGCAGGAGAAGGAAGCCGUCCAGCGCAAAUUUGCUAAGGAGCUUGCCUUGAUUGAGCAGAACCAACAGAUGAAGUCUCGAGACUUUGAGGUGAAACUUCAGACGACAGAAGAUUCUCGUAGACAGACCGUCAGUGAGCUGCGGAGACUGUUGACAGCCCAGCAGAGGAUGAGUGCCAGGUGGAAGGAAGAAUGUCAGACAGUGACCCACAAGUUUCAAGGUCAGCUGGAAGAUCUGCGGAGUGAGCUCAGUCAUGUCAAGAAAAGAAAUGAGGAGUUGUCUUCCCUACUUAAAGACAGCCAGAUCAAAACUUGUGAGGUUGAGAGACUACUCUCAGACUACACAAGAAACAUCAGGAGGAUGGAGGAGAGAGUGAGGGAGGCGGAGCUACAGGCAGGGGAGGCCCACCAGCAACUAGCCAGACAGAGCAUACGGGAGCGCCAGGGGGCCGCAGAGAAGGAAAGUCUUUUGGCUGAGUUAACUCGGAGUCAAAGGGGAGAUAAUCCAGGCACAGAUCCAAAAGACCUCGCCUACUUAGGCUCUUCUGUUAAAGUCAAUGGAAUCCUUCGGUCAAGCAACAGAGGGGACCUAACUCUCGAACAUUUGAGUAACUCUGUCAGACAGGAAACAUCUCAAAGAGAACUGAGUGACAGAUGAUUGGUCAGCUUGGUCAUGUGAUGUCCAUCCACCACUUUAAUAGCUUCUCUGUGAUAUAUAGAUAUUAUUCUUGCUGUCCAAUAUAAUCCAGGUUUAAAUGUAAACAAAUAUUUUACAUAACAAGUUGAUGAAGUAGAAUGGCAGAUAAGGGCCCAAGAUUUCAGUAAUGAAUGCUUGUGUUGUAUGUCAUUUUUAAACAAACAAAAAAAUGUUUGCGUAUCUCAAUGUGUUUAGUUCCUAAUUUAACCUGUAACUUAACCUUGUCUAUUAGCAGGGUUGUUGAAAGGGUAGAGAAGAUUAUUGUUUUAAAUUGUCUCAACAUUUAUGACUAAAAUAUUUUUUCCGUCCAGAUCAAUAUUUUAUCAUGUUGCCAUUUACUUUAUUUAUUGCUUCAUCUCUUCACCAGAGUCCACUCUGUUCAUUGUAUAUUUUCAUGCUCAUUAGCUUGCUGACUUGUUAGUUUGCUGUUGUCAAGGUUUGUUUUAAACAUUGAAAUAUAUACUGUAUAAAAAUAUUUAUUUAAACUAAUACAUUGAACUCAUUCCUUCCAUAUUACUUCUUAAAGAUAUUAAAUUUAUAUUAUUCCGUCUAUUGAAUAAAAUUCUUAC